UGGGGCGCGGAGCGGCCCCGGAGGAUGGGACGUGCGGCGGCAGGCGCUGGGCUGGGCACCCUCUGGGGCAGCCUCCUGCUCGCUGCCGGCUUUGCCCUCGAUGCUGCCCCGCAAAGCUGCAACUGCACGGAGCCCAUGGACUUCCAGGCUUUCCGGGAGGCUCCGCUCCCUGAGAGCUGCUGCCUCAACUUCACCAGCUCCAACAUCACCCACCUGGACUGGGGUGCACUGGUAGGGGUGCAGGGGCUGCGGGAGCUCUACCUGUCGAACUGCAGCAUCACAGAAAUCAGCAAUGUGCAGGGAGUCCCCCCUGCCUUGGAGAUCUUGCACUUAAGUCACAACCAGCUGGAAAGUCUCCCUGAGAGCUUUCUGGAAGAUGCCCCUAAUUUGAGGAUUCUUUAUCUGGACAGCAACCAGCUCCAGGAGCUGCCUAAGUCCUUCCUGAAAGGGUCAACUCAGGUCCAGGAGCUCUACCUGGGCUUCAAUGCUCUGACCUUCCUUCCCACCAGCCUCCUGAAGCCAUCUCUGCUCCAGCUCCAGCUUUCCAACAACAGCUGGGACUGCAGCUGUGCUUUUCUCAGCAACCUGGAGGGUUGGCUCAGCCUGGCCUCUGAGGUUAUCUGCCACACGCCAGAGCAGUACCAUGGCAUGGACCUCCAAAGCAUCCCCCGGGAGGAGCUGUGCCACUCACGCAGCCUCACCGCCCUCUUCAUCUGCCUGCCCCCUCUCCUCAUCCUUGCCAGCAUCACCUGGUGCUUCUGCAAGCAGAAGAGAAAGACCAACUACAGCAUUCAGAGAUGGCCCCAGAGCCACCCGUCCACAGCAGAAAGGGGCAAUAUGCCAGUGCCUGCAGAGCCUCACCAUUACGUCCCCUAUGAGCUGCCUGCUGCCCCCUCCAAGACUGAGAAUAAGGUGCUGCUGGGGAGCCAUGUCCUGCUCCAGCCCUCUGCAGACCUGCUGGAGAACAGCAGACACCUCUACGAGGAAGUGGAGAUCCAGGUGGGAUCCCCCAGCUGUUCCCAGGUGCCAACCCAUGAGAGGCAGCAGGGCACAGGGUCAGGCAGGCAAUGGGACACCCCAGCACCAAGGGCAGAGGAGCUGGGGGGCAGUGAGCCAGAGGUGGACACUGUCAGUGUGAGCGAAGUCCUGAAGGACUCUGCUGACCGGGAGAAGAUGUACAUGAAUCAGUCAACCAGCUAUUACAACUUGGUACCUGGCAUCGAGCUGGAGGACUCAGACAACGUUGAGAUGGAGUAUGAGAGCAUUGACCUGCACUGAUGCUGGAACCUGGGCUGUGUCUGGGACAUGCCAGGAGGAGGGUGCGGGCUGGCAGAACAGCAGAGGCACAAGCUGUCCUGCUGUGGCUUACAGUGGCUGUUAGCAAAGCUGCACUCCCAGAUUCCCAUCCCUUCACUUGCCAUGUGCUGCAGCUGGGCAUGGGUGUGAAGAUACUUUGGGCAUGGCAGACCGUGCUGCAGGCUGGUGUUGUUUGGGGACACAUGGGCUGUCAGUGUCUGAGGAAAGAUGUGGAGAGGAAGUGGGGCCUGGUUUUGGGGACCAGGUGACAAUACUGUGUGUGCCAGACCCACUGACUGGGGACCCCAUCUUCCCUCAGUGGAGGCAGAUGGCACCUGGGACAGACCUGCUCCCCAGCCUGCAGAGAACAAGGUCUGAGGACAUAGAACAGGACUGGCUCUGCCUGCAUGAUCUGUGCCACGUGUGGAUGGGGUGCCCUGGGCUUGGCAGGGUGAGUCUGGGGUGGCCCUGCCUGCUGCCCACCCCACAUCCUGCCAUGUCCCACCAUGUGGCAUAGGGACUUGGGACAGUCAGUGCACGUGUGCUGAUGCAUGCACAAGUGUGUGCACAUGCGUGUGCAGAGAUUGCACAUGGGUGGGUGUGAGCAGGUGUGCAAGGUGCACAUGCACACCAGGAGGCACCGGAGGGGGCCUCACGCAGCCUUCCUUGCCCAAUGUGCUGCCAAGCCCUGUAGGAUCCAGCUCUCAAUAAAUCAUUUUACU